AUUCCACUUUGGGACGUCCCGUUUAAAACACUUCCCAUAAAUACGCGUGACCUUCUGAUGUUAUAAAAUCUACCACCCCCACAUUGGCCGAAGAACCCGCCCACUUCGUUUACCCGCCUUAUUUCCAGACAGACUAGGGGAUUGCUAGUGAUUGACAGUCAGCUCGACCAAUAGGCUUCCGCUGUUGCCGUGACUCACCGGCAAACCCACCGAGGCCCGUCCCGCCUGGCGUGCGGGUCCACGGGCUCUCUACAGCUGCCUGCCGCGCAGUUGCAGCGACUCGCCCACACUCCGCGUCUCGGCCGGGAUACAAACUGAGCUGCCGGGAUAGUUGCACCUACAGGCGGGUCGCAAGACAGACGACGCGGCUUCUACUUUUUUGCAUCUCGGGUGGAAGCGGACGGUUUUGUGUCGCGGCGAACGUCCAUGGAAACCCCGGGGGUAGACAGCCGGGUCGCAGGCGCCGCAGCCGGGGCAGAGCUUCGAUGGAUGGGCGGCAGGCUGCUGGACGCCACGGGAGGGUUCGUCGGGUCUCUUUCGCCGAGAAUACCAGGGGAGCAGGACUUCACCCCGGUGUUGCAUCGAUUGACUCCGGAGGCAACGACCUCUGUGGAGCCCGAAAUAGACUACGAAGGGCUGCCUCAAGGAGCGUCCACCAGCACACACAUGCUGGCGGGGUCCGUGGCUGGAAUCAUGGAGCACUGCCUCAUGUACCCCAUCGACUGCGUCAAGACCCGCAUGCAGAGCCUCCACCCCGAGCCGGCGGCGCGCUACAGCAGCGUGAUGGACGCCCUGCGGCAGAUUGUGCGGACGGAGGGCGUGUGGCGGCCAAUCCGGGGCGUGAACGUGCUGGCGGUGGGGGCGGGGCCUGCCCACGCGCUCUACUUUGCCAGCUACGAGAAGAUCAAGUUCUCGCUCAGUGACUCCAUCCACCCGGGCGCCAACAGCCACUUUGCAAACGGAGUAGCAGGUUGCAUAGCAACAGUGCUGCAUGACACCAUCAUGAACCCAGCUGAAGUCGUGAAGCAGCGGAUGCAGAUGUUCAACUCUCCGUACCGCGGCGUGCUGGACUGCGUGGGCUCCCUGCUGAGGCGCGACGGCCCGGCGGCGUUCUACCGCAGCUACACCACGCAGCUGACCAUGAACGUGCCCUUCCAGGCGCUGCACUUCAUGACCUACGAGUACCUCCAGGAGCUGCUCAACCCGCACAGACAGUACAACCCGUCCUCCCACGUGGCGUCGGGCGCGCUGGCCGGCGCCCUCGCCGCCGCCGCCACCACCCCGCUCGACGUCUGCAAGACCCUCCUCAACACGCAGGAGGCGCAGGCCGUGCACCUGCUGCCGGCCGCGCCCUCGGCCCCCGGCGGCCGCCACAUCUCGGGCCUCGGCGAGGCCUGUCGGACGGUGUACCGGACGGGGGGCGCGGCGGCCUUCUUCAAGGGCGUCCACGCCCGGAUCAUCUACCAGAUGCCCUCCACGGCCAUCAGCUGGUCCGUCUACGAGUUCUUCAAGUACGUCAUCACGGAGCGGCAGCACCAGCGCAGCCGGCAGCGAGGAGGAGAUCGAGACGGCGCCAAAUGAGGCGGCCGGUGGUCGAGGUCAAAGCGCCGCGGGGGCUUUGGUUCACGGAGAUGUUUGAUGCCGUGUGAUCCGCGUACGAAUGUGAUUACUUGAUGGAAUGUCUGUUAAUGCAGGAGGACCCGCCCCCUCCUUUGGUCCCCAAAAACGUUAUUUGUCAUUUAGUCACCCGGAGUAAAAGCAAACCCCCCCCCCCCUCCUUAACUCCUUAACCGCACCUCUAGCAUCAUGACAUGCCGCCGUCUGGCCACAGGGGGGCGCACUUUUGUUCUACCCAUCAAGAUUAAGUGCAGCAAAAACUGAUGCAGCAUCAAAGAAGGAUUUCUGUUCACUCUGUAGUUUUAGUUUUGUACAAAUAGCACUUAAAGUGACUUCUUGAGAUGAAGAAAGUGGGAUAACGUGUCCGCCUGCCUUAAGUUAGCCGCUCACAUCAAACGCACAACUACUACAGAGAUGUAAUGUUUCCUAAGAGAGGAUGACAUUGUACAUAAUAUACAGUAAAUAUAUAUAUUAACUGGAACUCUACUGGGCUUUGUUUUUAAAUGAGCCUUUAUGUCCAGUUAUUCAAAUUGUCUUGAUCUUGUCCACAAAGCAGAAGGUUGAUUAUUAUGAAUUCAAACUGACCGUACGGAUCCAAUGGGUGACGGGUAUUUAAGAAUGUGUCGUCCGUGAUGAGUUCAAACAUCGGGGACUCGAUGACACUAAUGUGACAAAACUGUAAAUAAAGUGGUGAGGCGGCUCCUCGCAGAAGCAGGGUCUUCUCUUGGUGCUGGCUCGCAAAGAGAGAACUUA